AUGCCUAACAUUCAAUUAAGGAAGUUUAACUUCGAUUCUUGGAUUUCUAAAUUAUCACCAUCAGAGACUGGAAGAUACGCAGCUCCCAAGAUCUUCAUGGUGUGUUCAUUAGUGUUGAAGCAUAGAAAUGGGAGUAAAAUAGGCAUCAACCGUUGUAGCUUACUUACAAAAGGCAUUGCAAAUAGUGCAGACUACUCAAUAUUAUGUUCCACAACAACAAAUAAAUGCUGUGUAGGACAAAUAAUUGGGAUUAAAAUGGCAGCAGGAUCGACUGAAUGUCUAGUUGUGCAAAGUACGUGA